CAUUCUCCUCCAAAUACUCUUUUAGAAGACAUGACCACUCCUGAGAAGGAACAACAUUCUUAUGAAGGAGAGACCUUUGAAAAGGAACAUUCUCACAGCAAAGAGAUUACUUUGGACUCUAGAAGUCCUGGUGUCAGAAAAAUUGAAGCUAUUACUUCUUCGUUUACCACCACCAGUUUGACUAUUUUGUUUGUCGGCAUCUUUCUGGCUUCAUAUGCAUAUGGUCUUGAUAGCUCUACCCGUUAUGUCUAUCAAACUUCCGCCACCAAUUCAUUCGAAGUCCAUUCGUUACUCUCUACCCUGAAUGUUGUAAAAUCCAUCAUCGCUGCUGCUGCUCAACCACCUAUGUCUAAGGCGGCAGAUGUGUUUGGUCGUUUUGAACUAGUUACCUUUUCCGCCUUCUUCUACGUGCUUGGUACUAUCAUCGAAGCAUCGUCAAAGAACAUUCAGACAUAUGCUGGAGGACAGGUAAGAAGCACAUUCAAGUUGAAGAUUAAAAUACUCAGUACUAAUCUCGUUUUCUAUUGCAAGGUCCUUUGGCAGCUUGGUUUAACCGGUUUCCAGCUUCUGUUCGAAGUAUUGAUUGCCGAUUUAUCUUCGACCCGUAACCGUGUCCUGAUGUCUUAUAUUCCCGCUCUUCCUUUUCUUAUCAAUGCUUGGAUUUCUGGAAAUGUCACAAGUUCCAUUUUGGCCAACUCAACUUGGGAGUGGGGUGUUGGUAUGUGGUGCAUCAUCAUGCCCUUUGUUUGUAUCCCCAUUUACGUCGCUCUCAUUAUGGCUAAGAGAAAGGCUGUCAGAGAUGGAAAAUUGACCGACAUUGUGUCUGGCAGUAAGAAUCUUUCCAUCCAAGGAAAGCUGAUCUGGUUCUUUUGGCAAAUGGAUGUCGUCGGUGUUAUUCUCUUGACUGCCAUGUUGUCCCUUAUUUUGAUUCCUCUUACCGUGGCUGGCGGUGUGAGUGCAAACUGGAGACAGACUUACAUUAUUGUUAUGCUUGUAUUUGGUGUUCUCUGUAUCCCUCUCUUCUCUUUCGACGAAUCUGUCAUGUCGGCAACCAGAAUUACUUCCCUAUAUUCCUUCUGCUCGGUUGUCACUGGUGUCGUUGGUGGCUUCGUUAUCCGAUACAUUCGCCAUAUCAAAUGGGUUGCUGUCACCGGUACAUUUUUGUAUAUCACUGCCCUUGGCUUGAUGAUCAAAUACCGCAGUGCAGCCGAUAACGGUCAUGCUGGUGUUAUUGGUGCCCAAAUUCUCCUUGGCAUUGCUGGUGGUCUGUUCCCAUAUCCAGUUCAAGCCCUUGUUCAAGCUGCUACUAAGCAUGAGCAUGUUGCCAUCAUCACUGCUCUUUACUUGACAACCUAUCAAAUCGGAUCAGGCAUUGGAAACUCCGUGUCUGGUGCCAUUUGGACCAACACUCUGCCAGCUCAGCUUGCCCAAAACUUGGCCCCCAUCAACAGCUCCCUCACUGACUUGGCAUAUUCAUCGCCAUUCACUUUCAUCGCAGAGUACCCUAUAGGCACUCCCGAGCGCAGUGCUGUCAUUGAGGCUUAUAAUCACUCCCAAAAGUUGUUAACUAUAACCGGAACGUGCCUUGCCAUUCCUCUUAUCAUCGCUGCUUUCCUUCUUGGAAACCCUCGUCUUGAAGAUACCCAAGCUCUUGAUUCUGCUGAGACCUCUACACAGGGCACACUUGACGAACAACGUGACGACGUCGAAACCAAAUAACUUUUUUUAAAAAAUUCCCAUCUCAUUCAAUGCCUAAUUAAUCAUCAUACGUAUAGAAUAACACGCUUUCAUCUAUAGUAAUAAACUAUAUAUUUUAAUUCCAUUGGUACUUAUAUUUCCCUGCGGUUCAUUUACAAAAUUGGA